AUGGAGAAGAAGUUGAAAUCGGCGCAACUGAAAAGGCAUCAAGCGGUCGAAUUGGUGAAAAGUAUAGAACAGUUUACGAUCGGCUACAUCGAGGAAAAUGCCAGUGAAAUACCAGUGUGUUUGGAACAACUAGAAAGGUAUUAUGAGGACUUCAUACAUGCAAAUGCGAAAGUGAUGGAACUCGAAGAGGAGGCCACAGAUGCGAGUGUAACUGAGCGGUGUGAUAUGGAUACACAGUAUCGUCACGUUAAGGGCUUUCUUCUACGAAAGCAACCACCUCCUACGGCCGCGCAAAAUAUGUCGAAUGAGUCGAUGCUAUUAGCGAGCUCGACACUCAAUAGUUCGGGACGAUCAGGUGCAGUGAAUUUGCGGCUUCCAAAAAUCGAAUUGCCUACGUUCGAUGGCGAUUCCACCAAGUGGUUAACGUUCCGCGACCGAUUUGUGGGGAUGAUCGAUAGUGCCAGUGAGAUACCGAAUAUAAUGAAGCUGCAGUAUCUGCUGUCCUCUUUGAAGGGCGAGGUUGGUUUGCUUUUCGAGCACACCACAUUGACAGCAGGCAAUUACGAGGUGACGUGGGCUGCCUUGCUGAAGCGGUUCGACAAUCCGCGUACGCUGAUCCGGGAGUACUAUCGGAAAAUUCAUCACCUGCCGACAGUGAGUUGUGACAACAUGGACGAUUUGGCGCUGCUCGUCGAUGAAUUCACGCGGCAUGUGAACGGGCUGAAGAAGCUCGACGAACCGGUGGGCACCUGGGACACGCCGCUCGCCAACCUGCUUCUGAUGAAGCUGGAUUUGUCGACCAUUCUGGCAUGGGAGAACCACUCAGCGCAAUAUAAAAAAGAUAAGUACAAGGAAAUAGUAGACUUUUUGCAAGAUCGUGUACGAAUAUUAAAAUCAUCGCGCGAGUUUUCCAAUAACGGUGACGGCAGUGCCAUCGAACGCUUGCUAUUGAUGAAGGAUCAACCGGCGAUGAAGGAUGGCGAGGCUGACAUCGAAGAGCAACUGGCAGUCUCACACAUUGUCACUACAUCUACGAUGUGUGAUUUUAGCAACAUACUGUUCGCCAAAUACUCAAGGGCAAGCAAGGCAUCAUCGUGCAAGCGCGUUAAGGUAAAAGCGGACAUGAAGACGUUGCUGCACUCCGUUCCACCACUUACAGCAGAGGAGCUACAGCAAGCCGAGCUACCUUUGUGUCAGCUAGCACAACCGGAGUCGUUCGCGGAAGAGCUGGUCGAUCUACAACGAGGGAAGCAGGUUAGUGCGAGAUCGAAGCUGAAGUGGUUGUCCCCAUACAUCGACGCACAGGGUGUGUUACGUGUCGGUGGCCGGCUAGGUAAUGCCAACAUCACAGAGGCAACGAAGCAUCCGACAGUCCUUGCAGCAUAA